AUGUCGAUUCGUAGUGACUUUCUUGAACAAUACCAUAUAGCUCGAACGAAAUUCAAUACAAUCAAUGAACAACAAGAAACAUCAUAUCAUAAACGACAACGAAUAAUUCUUGAAAAUUCACGUAUAAAUGCUUACAAACAUACACUUAUUCAGUCAAAACGACGAGAAUGGUCUAUAUUUCGACGUAAUGAAUAUUAUCGUUCAUCUCUUCAUCCAGUUCGUCUCUCGACAAAUAUUCGUAAUUCAUUUCAAGUAAAUCAAAAAAAACAAUCACAAUCUUCAAAUAUCUCUUUUUCAAUUAUGAUCAAUACUUUACCUCCUCGAAUCUAUCCAUCAACAUUAAAUAUUCGAUCAGUAUCAUCAAAACAAUCUAUGAAUAUUAAUAUUCUUCAUCAAACUUCUUUUCUUGGUCAAUUCGAUAAAAAAUUCUUAAUCACCAAACAUCUUAUCCGUUCAUCACAUAUCAAUCAAAUACAAUUAAUUCUUUUUGAUCAACAUGCUAUAUCAGAACGUAUCCUUCUCGAACGUCUUCAAGCUCAUUUUAAACAAGAAAAUAUUCAAACAAUUCCUUUUCAAUUAUCUGAACCAAUUGUCAUUGCUCGUAAUCCACGUUUUCUCUAUACAAUUGAACAAAUAUCUUUACUUGAACGUACAGGCUUUAUUUUUUCUUCUAUAUCGAUUCAUAAUCUUCUUGUUCGAGCUGUACCUGGUUGGCUUUUAUCACUUGGACAACGUCAAUCAUCAAAUUCUCUUCUCGAUCAUAUUAUUUAUGAUACAAUCGAUAAUAUUCUUCUAAAAAUAAAUAAUUAUUCAAAUAAUAUCGAAUUAAUUAUAUAUGAAACACUUAAAUCAUUAGCUUGUCAUAAUGCUAUUAAAUUUAAUGAUAUAUUAACGAACGAUGAAUGUCAUCAUCUUUUAAAUGAAUUAAAAUUAUGUUCAAUGCCUUUUAUUUGUGCACAUGGACGAACUUCAGUUGCUAUUCUAUGGGAAUAUGAUAUUAUGUUGGAAAACUAUCAAGUCGAUAUGACUGAACUGAAACAAUUGGCUUCAAUUCACAAAUGGCUUAAAGAAUCCUAA